GAUAUGGGUCGCUUUCCACCCCUGUAAACAAGGUGUUGAAGUUACACUGAGCAAAGACUCAAACCUGGAACUCUGGUAUACUUGAUCCUACAUUGAUUCUCACAGUGUUAGAGGUCCCCACCCUGCACCCCUACAUGCCAGCUGUUAAGAGAAGGUUGUCAUGAUGAGAGUGAAAAGAGCCAUUGACAUACCGGUGUAUGACCUCUCACUGAUCCGCAAUAUGUGGGAGGUCAGAGUGAGGAAGUAUCGGCAGCGACAGAAGAAGGAACAGGAGCGACUGGAGAAAAGUGCUCUUUCAAGGGUCAAUCAGCAGUGGCAGUAUCGCAUAGCGUGCAGGACGAUGAAGGCCAAAGAGCUUUCAGAACUCCAGCAAUACUUGGAGAGGUCACCACUGUCUGAUACAAGAAGAUACAAUGGGAUCUCAAACCUUCAGCCAUACCAGGAAUCUCUUGAAACAGAUUCAGACCAGAAAGCUCUGAUCGAGGAACAGAGAUUCAUUUUUGAGUUGGGUGGAGAGACUACAACGGAACUCCCUGAUUACAUUCAAGAUAUGACAUACCUUCGGCAGUGGCACAUAAGAGGAACUAGCAUUCACAAGAUCCCAAAAUAUAUUGAGAAUUUUAAGGAGCUUCACGUGUUGGAUAUACCAAGAAAUGGCAUCGAAGAGCUACCGGUUGAAAUUGGCAAACUGGUUACCUUGAAGGAGCUGAAUGUAAGUUAUAAUAAGCUGUCAAGUAUUCCUCCAGAACUUGGAGACUGUGAAAGCCUGGAAAGACUGGAAGUAAUUGCAAACCUUGAUAUCAAAGAAUUGCCAUUUGAGCUCAGCAAUCUGAAGAAGCUCACUUAUUUGGACUUAUCUGCGAAUAAACUGGCCAGCAUACCCAUCUGUGUCCUUCGCAUGUCAAGCCUACAGUGGCUGGAUGUCAGCAGCAACAGGCUACAGGAUUUGCCUGAGGACAUCGAUAGGUUACAAGAAUUGACCUCAUUGUUCCUUCACAAAAAUGUGCUAACAUACUUGCCAAUGCAGCUGACAAAUGUAACCACUCUUCAGAUGUUGGUCGUCAGUGGAGACAAGUUGGUCUGUAUUCCAUCGAAGCUUUGUGACAAUCCUGCUAUUAAAUUCAUAACACUGUAUGACAACCCCAUUGGUGUUCAAGAGGAGGACAGUGAAGAUGAAUCAGAAGACAAGGACAAAAAGCAGAAUGCCCAAGAUAAGGAAUUUAUGCAGGCAUAUAUUGAAACCCUUAAGGACAGAGAAACUGCUCCAUCGUACACCACUAAAGUGUCCCUGAGCUGUCAUCUAUAAUGAUGUGAAAUGAAAUGCUUAUGGAAUGCCGAGGAAAGAUGAGAUUCUGAACAGCGCACGAGAUCAACACUGGACUGGACAGGACUGGACUAAUGAUUUAUGAUAUCUUCCAGUUCACCAUCUUGUUGAAACUGUGAUGAUUCUUUUUAGGAAAACUGUACGCACAAGUUUAUUCAUUGGGAUGAGAUACAACUGUUGCAACUUGUUUGGCUUUAUCUGAGAUACCACAGAACGAGGUUUAACAAUUAAUUAACUUCCUGCUUACUGCAGUUUGAAAAUAUUUAAACUAAUAAUCAAUUUGUUUGGAAGGAAGUAUUGAAAGCAUCAAUUAAAUUCAAUGUGAUGAACAAAUAAAGGAAACUUAAUUACUGUUUAUUAAGUAUUCAACAACUGUCUAAUUACAAGGCACUGCAAUUAUGGUGUAAAACUUUGGUAGUCAGAUUUAGUGGAUUAGGAGGCACAUUGGCAAUCAUCAUUAUCCAGCCAACUGGCAGUGCAGACCCAACCACAAACCCAAAAACAUCCUCUCUCCCUGUCACUUAAUUUUCCCGGUGAGGAAAAAAAGUGUUAACAAAGGGAACAAAAUUGUGGUCAUUCUCAGUGUUUGUAAUACAGUGCCAUGCAUGCGUAUUAGAGUACUCCUUACAAUGAUAAAACAGUACAUGACAACCAUAUUUCUCUGAUUUCAACUAAAUCUUAUUGUUGUUUAUGCGUGCAUAUAUAAUGAUUUCAACAAAGAUGACUUCAAAGAUGCUUUGCCUGGCGGACGUACCUCAGAUACAGCAAUGGAAAAGUGGUAAGAGGUGCAUCUGCUAAAAAUGUCUGUUGCUUUUCUUGCUGUGUUAAAUGUUGAAGUGUAAACUUAAUAGCAAUUCCUUUUAUUUCAGUUUAGGAUGUUAAAUCAAUCUGAGCCAUUAAUGCUAGUCACUGAAUACUGAUUCAAUGGCCUGGUUUAGCUUUAGUAUGCAUCAAUCAGGUUGUGAUUUCCAAUGUCUCAAUAUUCUUAAUUCCAAAAAAGGCUUCUCUGUGUUGUGUGUUUAUAUGACUUGUCUCUCAGUUCUAAAACUCAGAGUGAAAAAUAAUCCAAAAUGAAUCGAGGUGGGGUCGACAUCCCUUGCUGUUGUUUCAGUCAUUUGAAAUUAGCUGAUUAUGUGUCAUUCAUUGCUUUACUUUGUUCAAUGUUUGUUUGGAGAACUAUCAAAAUGAUUUCUCACAACCAUUAUUCGAUACUGCAGCUAUAGACUUUAUAAAUUUGUUUUCCAAAGAUGACUAUGAAGUAUGAAACGAUGACUCCAGAUCCUCAGUAAGCCAUAGCAGGACAGUUAAGUACUGCUUUACUCAGCUGUAUUAAAAUAUAUAUUUGAUUUUUAGCAGAUACUGUUUUAUAAAAAUGAACUAAUUUUGUAGGAUUUUUACAUGUGGUACAUUCACUGUUUUUUUUUAUUUUUAAAAAAAAACAUCAAUUUACACAAGUGCGUGAGAGAUUUAAGGAGCCUCCCAAGGGUUCAUUUUCUGAAUAGGAGAACAGAGAUCCUUUGAGCAAUCAUUUUAGACCUGCAUGAAAAGUAAUAUAGGGGUCAAGGUUUAAUCCUGUGUUGUGGCUGUAUUAAUUAUUGUCAUACUAUCAUUUUGAAGUAGAAUGUACAAAAACCCAGAGCCACAUGGAUUGCACUCUUUUUGCUUUAGAUUAUUCCAAUUAUUUUGAUAGCAGAAUGUUGCAAAUGUUCCUCAUUGCUAAAGCUGAAUUUCACAGGAGCUUUGAGCGAUUAAAGCAAUUGUAUAUACAGGGAAUUGUGAAGUAGGUUAGCAAUAACUGGUUUGAUGUGACCAAACACUUGUUGCUGUGCAAUAGUGAGAUGAUUUAAACUUGGCUUGAUAUUUCUCAUUUCAUAUAUCAUACAUAUAUCAUGGAUGAUUGAUUGUUUGUUUAGUGGUUGAGCAAUGUUU